UUCAAGUGAUAAAGUAUGUUUAUGAGCUGUUUAAUUCAUAAAAUUUAAUAAUAAAAAAAUAUAUAUUAUUAAAACAAAAUCCUUAAAAUUGAUUGACCCCCUAUGAAGCACCGAACAGAACCUUUUAAGCUUCUAUAUAGAACCUUUUCUUCCAAGAGUGAUAAUAUUUGAAUGUCAUACUUUAUAUGUUUAAUACACCAUUUACAUUUGUAUAUAUUAUCAUUUUAAUAGUAUAAUAUUAUAAUACUAUCAUGCAUGAGUACCAAUAUGGUAACUCUACAAAUGCCAUUGAUAUGCAUCACAUUUUCACUGAAAUACUUAUUUUAAAAAACGAAAAGAGAAGAAGUUCUUUGGGCUCAAAGUGCCGAGACCCUGAAGUUCAGGUUCUUCCUGCGGUUUUGAAUUAUUUCCAAUCUGUUCCACAGCCUUCUGCUCGUCCUAUCCCAGCAAUGCGAAAGGUCCACUGCAUUCCAGGGUCCAGGAAGUUGGUGGGGAUGAAUGAGUCUCCUCAGGGCGAAGUGCGCCACCCACUGGCUGCUGGGCCACCCAGCAACUAUCAGAACUGCUACAGCGCAGACCCAGUGACUGAGCUCAAAAUACAGACGAAUAUCUCUGUCAUGACAGCUCCACCGGAGCAUCAGGACUGUGGCUCACAGGACAAGAAAAGCGCAUGCAAGGGGAACAAUUUGAAAGGAUCUACAGAUCAGUCAGGGUUUUCAGAUUCCAGGGCAGGUGAAAGUUUUGAAAAAACUCUUAAACGCUAUGUUUGUCAUCUGCCAUUUUGUGCAAGCUCUAUGCAAAGACAAAUCUCUGAGCUACAUGAAGUGGCUGAUAGUCUGGACAAGACACACAAAGGGACGAGAAUCGCUAAGAUCACAGGAGGCACCACUGGAGCCCUGGGCGCAGCGGCAGUCGUGGGCGGCAUCCUCCUGGCCCCCGCGACUAUGGGCGCGUCUCUAGCGGUCGCUGCGGUGGGUGUCGGGGUCACAGCCGCUGGCGGGGUCACAGGGGCCUCGGCUGCCAUUACCAAGAAAGUAAAAACAAAUCAAGUCAGGAAAAAGGUGGAAUCAAUCUUGAAAGAGUACCAAAAGGAAAUGAACGACAUUGAGGGUCACUUAAAUGAUAUCAACACAGAGAUGGAGAAACUCAAAGGUGUGAACGUGAAAUCUGCAAAGACAGUGAGGCUAGUCGAGAUAGCAAGCGGGACAUCAGGUGCCCUCAGCGUGAUGAACAGAUCCUCAGGUGUGAUCCAGGGCUUUGCCCUCGGCAUGGACUUUUUCUUCAAUGAAAAAGAUUCCCAAAAACUCAAGAAAGAGUCAAAGACCAGAUUUGCCGAGCAGAUCCGUGAGGUGGCAGAUCAGAUUCAGGCUGGUCUAACAGAGCUGUUGGACAUGAGAAAUAAACUGCUCUUAGAAGGGAUAUGAGGUGUGACAGGACGGUGUGGGGUUAAAACACUGUGUAAUAGUGAACGACUUGUUGCUUCAUUAAUGGUCGCUAGAGGGCGGCCUCGUGCAGUUUCUUAUAAUAACUUUGCAUACUCUUGUGUAGCCAUGUAUACUUCUUUACAAAAGUGUCAAAUAGUAAUAAACUUUUUUUUUCCUGAAAUUGAAUUGCUGUUUGAAUUAAUAUCAUUUCAUGUGUAUUUCUAAUGCCAUUAUUUCUCCAUUCCAUAAUUAAUAAUUGGUAACACUUUACAAUAAGCUUUAGUUAACAUGAACUAAGAAUGAACAUUACUUAAUGUUAAUCUCAGCAUUUACUAAUACAUUAUUAAAAUCAAAAGUUGUAUUUGUUUACAUUAAUUAACGCACUGUGAACUAACAUGAACAAACAAUGAACAACUGUAUUUUUUAUUAACAACAUUAACAUUUAUUAACAAAGAUUAAUAAAUACGGUAACAAAUGUAUUGUUCAUUGUUAGUUUGUGUUAGUUAGGCUAAUAUAUUAACUACACUCUAAAAAAUGCUGGGUUAAAAACAACCCAAGUUGGGUUGAAAAUGGACAAACCCAGUGGUUGGGUUAAAUGUUUGCCCAACCUAAUGGUUAGUUUUAUUUAACUCAACUAUUGUUUAAAAAUGACUGUAUUGCUUGCUUAAAAUGAACCCAAAAUAGGUUGGAAAUUGACUUAAUAUGUUUAAUAAAUGAACAUUUAUUAAUAAGUUUAAUUAAUAAUAAUAAACAUUUAUUAAAUUCAAUAAUUUUAUAAAUCAGUAAUUUAUUUGUAUUAUCUAUCUAAUUUAAU